UUAACACAACUCCAAUCGACUUCUUUUUGUGCGGUUUUGUACACCAUGUCGAGGAGAACGAAGGACCUUUUCGACCAACUUGUAUUUGAUGAUUUUGACGAAGAGCUCUUGCUGGAGGCCCAACCGUCCCGGUUCAAAGGCAUAGCCCAUGGGCUGAGAGCAUCCAAAAACUACCCCCAAUUACCUCACUACCACGACAAGGAACAAGAGGACACCGGUGCCGAUGCUGAUGUUGAAGAGGAUACGUACGAUUACUUUGAUUUGUAUGAACUGGAUCAGCAACUGGAUUCCCCGUCCCAAUCGGUUUUCUCGGAUCACCAUGAGCGCUACUCAUCCCACCGACGUGGAGAUACCAGUACUCCCCGGUCACCAGACACGUCAAUGCUGGAUAUACUAGAACAGCUUGACAAUGGUGGAAACAAACACAGAGGUAUUCCUGACCUCCCGCCGCGAGACUCGAUAUUCCACUUAAACCACCGUCAGUAUUUGGAGGACUUGAACAUUAUUGGCUCCGGAGUCACCAGCAACAAGCAGAUACUUGAGUGUAUGGAACAAAUGAUACAGGAGGAAAACGACCGAAUUUUGGAACAGUUGGAGCUGUUUGUGGAUGAGGUUCGAGGCAGCGUAGCACACAAUACGUUUAAGAUCAGGUUUGGCAGGGGAAAAAUAUACACCACGCGACGGGGUGGUCCCCUUGUUCAGUCCCGUUGAGAUGCUGAGGGCCAGCCUGGAACGACUAAUGAUAUUCAUUUCUUGAUGUUUUAAUAGACCUUAUAUAUUCUUAAAUGGCAUACUUUUGAUAC